UCCUGUGUGACAUGUAGUUUGGCCUUUAUUUGACUGAUGACAUCUGGAAUCCAGAACAACUGCAAGGAAAACAGUUAAUGAACUCUGCCAAUCUGAUGUCUUCCAUAGAUGUCAAACAGGAGAGGCAAUGGAAUGGGCUUCUAUCUGCUCUGGGCAUUGCGGUGACCUUCUACAAAACCAUUUGAUCGGUAGAAUGGCAAGAAGUCUCUUGAGUAUGACCUUUCUUUUAUUAAUAUGCUCCUUAUGUGGCAGCCUAGCAUUUUCAUUUUCAGUUUUCCUAAGACCAGAAGAGGCAAGCCAGGUUCUAAGGAUUCAUAAACGUGCCAACCACUUCCUGGAGGAAAUUCGUCUGGGAGAUCUGGAGAGAGAAUGCAUGGAAGAAAAGUGUUCUUUCGAGGAGGCAAAAGAGAUUUUCAAAUCACAAGAGAAAACGAUGGAGUUUUGGUUUGAUUAUAAAGAUUUAAACCCAUGCAAAGAGAAUCCCUGCAAGAAUGGUGGAGUUUGCAAGGUUAAGUACUACCAACAUUCCUGCAUUUGCCCUCCAAGAUUUGUAGGGAAUGAGUGUGAAAUAGAGAAAACGGAAUGUUGGUACAAGAACGGGGACUGCUGGCAAUACUGCCAAGAUAAUGAACAGUCACUUCAUGUGACCUGCUCCUGUGCUUUGGGUUAUACACUAAGUGAAGAUGCAAAGCGGUGCAUACCAACAGAUCACUUUCCCUGUGGGUUGGUUAAAAGAUCAACACACUCUAAUAAAGAAAGAUCUUUUGGGCACAACCAAAAUGAUGACGGGAUUUUGGAUGGGGAGAACCAAACAUUGUCUCAGGAGAACUUGACAAGUUGGAACCAAACAUUAAUUCAGACCUUGGUAGAAUGGAACCAGACUGCAGUAGGAGGAGAGAAUGAGGAAUAUGACUUUAUAAAGACUAAAAGGAAUGCCACAGAAUCAGAUUUACAGAGCUGGAUAAACACAAAUUACACUGAUGAAAAUGGUGAUCUUAAGAUAAUUGGGGGCUCCUUUUGCCGCCCAGGAGACUGUCCCUGGCAGGUACUGAUUCAAAAUAAGAAAGGUUAUGGUUAUUGCGGUGGCAGCUUAAUCAGCAGUCAAUGGGUACUCACUGCAGCACACUGUCUUGAUACCAUUGUCCCUCAUCACGUUACUGUCGGAGACUUUGACAAGCACCAGAGAGAUCGGGACGAGCAAAAAGUUAGAGUGCACCAGUUCUGGCAGCAUCCCCAGUAUGACCCAAACACCUUUAACAACGACAUUGCCUUGAUUCAGCUAACCAGCAACGUUGUUUUCAGCCAGCACGUCCUCUCUAUUUGUCUUCCUAGCCCUAAUCUGGCUACUUUACUGACAGAAAAAGGGACAGUAGGAACAGUGAGCGGAUGGGGCAGUACUCAUGUCAAGGGUCGGUCAACCCGCUUUCUCCUGAAAGUCAAGUUGCCUGUGGUGAGCAUGGACAGUUGCAGGCAAUCCACAGAAAAACUCAUUACUGACAAUAUGUUUUGUGCAGGUUAUCCUGAAGCAACUCAAGAUUCUUGUAAAGGUGACAGUGGAGGACCCUUUGCUGUAGUUUUCCGUGAUACUUGGUUUCUCCUGGGAAUAGUGAGUUGGGGGGAAGGUUGUGCUGCAGCAGGAAAAUAUGGAGCUUACACACGCGUGUCCAAUUACCUUGCAUGGAUAAAAGAAAUUACUGAAAGUGUGACCGAUUCUGCAGGAUUUUUACAUGGGCUGAAAUAAAACCUAUUCUUUAAAUAAAACAUAAUAUUUGUAUUUUUAAUUUAGUUCUCUAUAUGCUCAAAUUUGUUUCCAUACAUAACUCCUUUCUAUAUGUUGAAGUAGCUUUCACAAUAAAAAAACUACAUGAGAAG